CCCGCCUCUGCGGGCAGUGCGCAUGUAUGGGGCGGCCGCCCGGCCCCUGACUCACCCGCUCCGCUCCCAUCCGCUCCCGGAGGCAUCCCCCGCCGCGGGCGAGGAGCGGAGGGAAGGCGGCCGCCAUGAAUCGUUUGGGGAAGAAAGCGAACGAGACCCUCAUCGAGAUGGCUCUGUCCGCGGAUGAUGACAUUGUGGUUCUCACCAAGUUCAAGCCAUCGUGGUCAGAAGGGGAAGAAUGCAAUGGACCUUUAUGUGAAACUGUUUCAACUACAGGAUCAGAAGUCCCAAGCAGCUCUGAGGGCCUAAACAGCACUGAGACUACUUUACUCAUCCCUGAACAUCAUGUGAUUGAUAAAAGACAUCAAAGCAAAGAUUCUAUUUUCUUCAGGGACGGUGUCAGGAGAAUUGAUUUUGUUCUCUCCUAUGUGGAUGAUCUUAAUAAGGAAUGGGAAAAAAAGUUGGAAAGAAGAAAAGAAUUUGAGAGCAAUUUGCAAAAGGCUGGUUUGGAACUAGAAACGGAAGAUAAGAAGGAAUCUGAAAAUGGCAAGAUUUAUUUUGUGAAGAUCCAUGCCCCAUGGGAGGUUCUGAUCACGUAUGCGGAAGUGCUGAACAUAAAAGUUCCCAUCAAGGAAAACGACAUUCCCUCAACGGUGGAGAACCCCCUGGACUGUAUGCUUGCCCCGCUCAGGCUUCCUGACAAGGUGAUGCACCCCGAGCCGGAUUAUUUCACAGCCCCAUUCAGCAAGGAUAAGCAGGAGCUGUACCUCAUUAAUGACGAGAACACUUUCUUCUCACCGUCCAUGAGAAACAGAAUAGUUAAUUAUAUUCUUACACGUUGCCCGUAUGGAACAGAAGAAGGGAAGAAAAAGUUUGGGAUUAAGAGACUGCUGAAUAAUGGCACCUACUCAGCUGCAUACCCUCUUCAUGACUGCCAGUACUGGAAAAAGGCAAAUGAUCAAAACUGUGACAACGAGAGAUACACGCUGUACAUGGAGUGGGCCCGUUUCUUGCAGUUCUACAAAGAACAGCCUUUGGACCUCAUCAGGAAGUACUAUGGUGAGAAGAUUGGAAUCUAUUUUGCCUGGCUGGGAUUUUACACUGAGAUGUUAUUCCUUGCAGCAGUUGUUGGCUUAAUGUGUUUUUUUUAUGGUUUGUGUACAAUGGACAAAAAUAUGAGCAGCAAAGAAAUCUGUGACCCUGCAAUUGGAGGAGAGAUCAUCAUGUGCCCUCUUUGUGACCGAGAGUGCGAAUACUGGAGACUAAACACGACCUGUGCGUCCUCAGAGUAUUCCUAUUUGUUUGACAACGUGGCAACUCUCUUUUUUGCCAUUUUCAUGGGCAUAUGGGUUACACUUUUCUUGGAGUUUUGGAAGAGGCGGCAAGCUAGACUGAAAUAUGAGUGGGAUUUGGUUGAUUUUGAAGAGGAACAGCAACAACUCCAGCUGAGGCCUGAGUACGAGGCAAAAUGUACCCAAAAGAAGAAGAAUCCUGUAACUCAGGAGAUGGAGCCUUAUUUGCCUAUAACUAGCCAGGCUGUGCGGUUCUGCAUCUCAGGAACUACAGUGUUGUUCUGGGUGUCUCUGAUUAUAGCCAGCAUGAUAGCUGUGAUCGUGUAUCGUCUUGCGGUGUACGCUGCCUUUGCCAGCCUGAUGGAGAACACUCAAACGUUGCAGCCCAUCAGCGGAUUACUGACCCCCCAGCUGGCAACUUCAGUCACAGCCUCGUGCCUGAAUUUUGUCAUCAUCAUGAUACUGAAUUUCUUAUACGAGAGAAUAGCCAUCUGGAUUACUGAUAUGGAGAUUCCCAGAACUCAUAUGGAGUAUGAGAACAGGCUCACUAUGAAAAUGUUUCUGUUCCAGUUUGUCAACUACUAUUCAUCCUGCUUCUACGUGGCCUUCUUCAAAGGGAAGUUUGUUGGUUACCCAGGUGCCUACACAUACAUGUUUAAUCGCUGGCGGAACGAAGAGUGCGAUCCUGCGGGCUGUUUGAUAGAAUUGACGACACAGCUCACCAUCGUCAUGGCUGGCAAACAGAUCUGGGGAAAUAUCCAAGAGGCCAUUGUACCCUGGAUUUGUAACUGGUGGGGUCGCCGGAAAGCCAGGAAUAAUCCAGAAAAUUUAUACAGUCGCUGGGAGCAAGACCAUGAUCUGCAGACGUUUGGAGCCUUAGGCCUGUUCUAUGAAUAUCUAGAAAUGGUCAUUCAGUUUGGAUUCAUUACUCUCUUCGUGGCAUCCUUUCCCCUGGCUCCCCUUCUUGCUCUGAUGAAUAAUAUCCUGGAGAUUCGAGUAGACUCCUGGAAAUUAACCACUCAGUACAGGAGACCUGUGGCUGCAAAAGCGCAUAGCAUAGGAGUUUGGCAAGAGAUCCUGAACGGAAUGGCCAUCUUGUCUGUUGUCACUAACGCUUUUAUUGUUGCGUUCACAUCAGAUAUGAUUCCUCGUUUAGUUUACUACUAUGCUUAUUCCGUAAAUGACAACUCGCCUAUGUCUGGAUACAUAAACAAUAGUUUGUCAGUGUUUCAAAUCUCAGAUUUUCCUGACAGAACCAAGCCUAAACUGAGUCCAGAAAACUUUGUCAUAUGCAGGUACAGAGACUAUCGAUAUCCUCCAGAUCACGAGCGGAGAUACUUACACACUAUGCAGUUUUGGCACAUUCUUGCUGCAAAACUGGCCUUUAUAAUUAUUAUGGAGCAUGUUGUAUUCAUCGUCAAAUUCUUUGUAGCAUGGAUGAUUCCUGAUGUGCCCGCAGACGUGAAAGCCAAAAUAAAACGUGAGAAGUAUUUAACGCAGAAAAUCCUACAUGAGUAUGAACUUGAAAAACUGAAGGAGAGACUGUGUCAAGGUGAUAAACGAGCCACGGAAAAGGAGUUCAUCGCCACGGAAGGGAGAGUGGAGUUAUCCAGAGCAAUGUAGCUGAAAAAAACAACUGCUUGGGAUUUAGCUCGUUUCAGCUUUUUUAUCUGUGAUUUGCUCAGUACGCAUCAUCUGGAAAGCUAUCGGACAGUUUCAGCCCUUUGCUUUCACGCCAAAGAUUUUAGACUUUUCUUUAAAAGUCUUACUGAGCAUUCUAGGUCUAAGUCCACUUAACUGUAUGACUUCAGCACUGUUUUCUGUUUACCCAUCGCUUUGAAUAAUAAGCGUCAUCUUGUAAUCCUAGAAUUUGGAUUCCCGGUAUAGGGAAUGUGACCCCCAAAGGGCUCACAGGAUAUACUGAGGUGAUUACCACCGAGCCCUCCCCCUGCUGAUAAAUGCAAACUUCCAGGCUGUAUCCCAGCUGAAUGAAAAGGGUAUCACAGAGGACUCCUGCUGUGGGAAAUGUUGAGGAUUAUUAUUUUUAUGACAUGAUCAUUUAAAUAGGAGAACACUCCUGAUGCAAGGGUUUGGGGCUUUUUUUUUAAUCCGCUAUGUCUUAUGAAACAUUUAUUUGCAGCUUUGAAACUUCUAUACAAUUUUUAGAAGGAAUGGAUUUUUAAAGAUAUAUUGGCUUAAUUCCACUUGGAGUUAUUUAGAGGCACAGAAUUCAGUUAAUACAGACUGAUGAAGGAAAAAAAAACCCAUAACUUAUUUUUGUAAAGGUAUGGUCUGCCAAAGAGUUUGCUCUUUAAAUGCAAAUGUUGUGGAGUCGUCUAAUGACGAUGUUUUGUUUUGUUUUUUAAAAGAAAUACACAGUUUGGAGAAGUAAGCUAAUUUAUUUCUCGGUCUCCAAAACUGCCAUCGGACGAUCACACUUGACUUUAGUUUUGGCCAAAGCGGCCCCUUUGUUCGGGUUCUUUGUUAGGGUUCUUUGUUCGGAUUCUCUGGGAAUGCCAACGAGGGGCUAAAGCUGUGUGGCCGUACUCGGUGCGCACUGUGGAGUACGACUGCACGGCGCAGGGGCCUGGGAGCUGGACCGCCACGCUGAUUGAUCUAGCUGCAUGGUUUGUGCUCGGAUUUGUAUUCGAAAGAUUUUAAGCAUGCCAAAUCAUCUGUGUUCAGGUUGUUACUGUCCUUACGCAUCAGAGCCUGGGGGGGUUGGGGUUGGGGUCUGGUUUUUUUUCUUUUUUCUUUUUAACCUUUAAGAAGGUUCGGGGGCUUUUUCUGUUUUCUCAUGGAGCUUUUCUACAAAGUUACUGAGUUUUUAGAUACACAACAACUACUUGUGCAGAGUAGCUACUAGCUGUUUACGAAUGUGCCCUCGUUUUAUAAUUUGAAGCAGUUAGUCAUUCUCCUGAUUUUGCUGUAUAUUUAAAACAUAUCAGCACUUCCAUGCUUAGUGCCUUGUUUGUUUGCAUUUGGGGAAAGAUGUGAAGAUGAUCGCUGUGGGGAGACGCGCAUUUCCAAAGCGUGCUUGCAGGCAUCGUGAUACUGUGAACCUGCGCACAUGGCUGUACAGUGUUAGCCAAACCUGCCUUGGCCCGCUUCUGUUCUAGCGCUAUCGAACUGCCCGCAGAGAGCAGUUCAUGCCUAGACUGCUUAGGUAAAGUAGCACCAGACUGUUGAGUUCUCUCACGCUGAAGUACACUAGCUAGAGAGGUUAGAAAUUUUACUAUAUUUGCACUUUGAAAGUUAUACUUCUUGCAAGUAUACACAAAAAAAUUUCAGAUUUGUGUUCCGUAUCAGCCGAACGUACUGUUUACUAGAUCCGCAACUUAAGGUUUCCGUAUUCUGUUUUAGCAGACCUAGCCUACGUCUUGGAACACUUGGCUAGUAACCUUAACGUUAAAACAGAGUUUUAAAUCGAUGUCUUGGGUAGAACCAUCACUAUUAGUGAAAGUUUUAACAUUGAAGUGCCUACCUCGAACAAACAUCCCAUGGUUUGGCUGCCAGUCAAGGAGUUGAAGCAGAUGUACAUUUCUUGUUACUGUAAGUUAUUUAGCUUCGUUCUGUAAGUUUGCUUGAUGAAUCAAGCACGCUGGCAACUCACGUUCAUGAUGAACUGACCGUGUUCUUGAAUAUUCAGAUAUAGUUGAAGUAAUGGGUUUAUUGGAGGAAUGCAUGUAUACAUAAAUUAGCUCUGCUGCUUAAUGUAUAAGUCAAAGAGGAGUAUCUGUCACCGCAGCCGCGCAUGCGACACCAGAAUUUACACAACGCAAGCACUUGCUUCUUACACAUAUACUGUUAACUAAACCGCUCGAUUCAGGCUUCAUGGUUUUGUUACUGUUAGCAGUGCAAACAGUUGCUUCCAACAGUAAGGUGGUGAGAUGCAAAACGGUAUUUCUAUGCAAAACAUACAAUCUGAAGCUGAAAACAGAUUUGAAACUUCAGCAUUAGGUGCACUAUUCCUGCUUCCGGAACAUUAGUUUCUUCGGGUCCUGUGAUAAAGUGUCCCGAUACACUGCACUUGAAAAGAUGUCAGCACCAGAGCUGUGCUGUGAACGAAUAACGCUGUUUAAAAGCAAGGUGGAGGAAAGCAAGGAAACACCUUAGUUUGGGAUACAGCAUUGAUAGGCAGAAGCCCCGCCUGCAGACCAUGAAUUUGAACUGAUGUUUUGACCCUACUUCUUGCUCCUUUCAAACAUCUUUUGAGAUAACUUCCUAUUUAAUGCUAUGCAAACAGAUGUUGUGCAUACGUUGUAUCAUACAAUAGAAAUUAGAAAUAAUCUGGGAUCAGAUUAUUGAAAAAGAAAUAUAUAUCUUGAAAAUAUAUCAUUACACUUCAUAGCAUUACUACUUCAUGUAUAGAAACUGUUGAAGAGAGAAUGUGUUGUAUUACGAGUUAAUGUCACAUAGCAAAAUAAGUCGGUAGCACCUCUUCACGUAAUAGUUUGCCUUUACUUGUCAUCAAGCAGUAUUUUGACAGAAGAUUGAUGGUAUGAUUGGGAUUAGACUGGUUCCCAUGCAUGGCCAUUUCCUGAAGUGUUCUUGGAAAGUGACAAAAAUCAGAAACAUGGACCGGUCAGUCUGGGGAUGUGCUCAUUCUUACUGUUGGAAUGUUUGAUUUUGAUGCGUUUAAUAAUGCAAGUAUCUAAAAGUGUCCUUUAACCAAAGUGAAGAUAGUUCUGUGAUGGAACUACAGUAAUUUAAGCAACGCUAGAUUGCUUCAUUAGAAAUAGAAAGAGAAGAUCGGCCUUUCAAGUGUAAUGCCAUCAGGGAAUAUUUUUUUUUCCGAUUAAAAUUUAAUAUUUUUACCCUGGAAAGAUUUUGUGUGGUAGGUUUUGCAAACGACUGCAAAAUAAGAGUGCCAGUCUAAGACACUAUACUGUUUUUUCUAGAAGAUUUUGUUACUAUGCUUUUACUUUUUUAGGUAAUACUAUCAUUUUGAGACAACAACUGAAAAGGGAAAAUAGAUGGGCUUCCCUACUGUUCCAUGUGUACUGCUUGUUUUGACCUGUACCGCCGUGUAAUCUGAGAGGCAUUAUUGUUUGCUAAGUAUGUUGCCGAUACAUAUGAUACACUAAUGUUGGAAUAAACUUUUUUAAACAUUGCAUUCAGCUAACUUAUAUAUAUGUAUGUUUACUAAGAUCUAAAUCUGGCAAAUAAAGCAGUGUUUAUUUCUAA